CGUGCUGCGUCACUGCGCCACAGUAAGAUCCUAGGGCUACGUGCGCGUCACUGCGCCCAUGACGUCAUCCUCUCGCGAGAUGGAAGUUGUAACGCUGUGUGGGAUUCGCUGUCAGGCAGGAACCAAGGAGCUGGACAAUAAUGGCGCUGGGGGUUGUUUAAGCGGCGAUCCGGGACUGCGGGUUUUGCUGAGAGAAUCGGGACUGUCCCGCUAAAAGCGGGACUGUUGUGCGGUAGAGUCCAGAUGUAACAUGAUGGGUGUUGACUUUGAUGUGAAGACAUUUUGCCACAACUUGAGGGCCACCAAGCCUCCCUAUGAAUGUCCGGUGGAGACCUGCCGAAAGAUCUACAAGAGCUACAGUGGGAUCGAGUACCACCUGUAUCACUACGAUCAUGACAACCCGCCUCUGCAGCAGCAGACUCCUAUCCGCAAAUCAAAAAAGAAAGGCCGGCACCCCCGAUCCGCCAAUAAGCAGUCACCGACGAACUCGGAAGUGUCUCAGUCUCCGACCCGGGAGGUGAUGACUUACGCCCAGGCCCAGAGACUGGUGGAGGUGGAAUUGCACGGGCGCGUGCAUCGUAUAAGUAUAUUUGACAACUUGGAUGUUGUUUCUGAGGAUGAUGACCCGCCCGAAGAAACCCCAGAAAAUGGAAGUAAUAAGGAAAAUAAUGACACCCCCGCGACCACUCCUAAGUCGGGAAAGCACAAAAACAAGGAUAAGAGAAAAGACUCCAACCAUCAUCAUCACCACAGUGCCACCGCAGGCGCCGCCACCAAACUCCCAGAGGUUGUGUACCGAGAGCUCGAACUGGACUCGCCAGAUGCUCCUCCGCGGCCUUCUUCCUAUUACAGGUACAUUGAGAAAUCGGCAGAGGAACUAGACGAGGAGGUGGAGUAUGAUAUGGAUGAGGAAGAUUACAUCUGGCUUGAUAUAAUGAAUGAUCGAAGGAAGAACGAUGGAGUGAACCAUAUCCCACAAGAGAUCUUUGAGUAUCUAAUGGACAGGUUGGAAAAGGAAUCUUACUUUGAAAGCCAUAAUAAAGGGGACCCAAAUUCUUUAAUUGACGAGGAUGCUGUAUGCUGCAUUUGCAACGAUGGCGAGUGUCAGAACAGCAAUGUUAUAUUGUUCUGCGAUAUGUGUAACCUGGCUGUGCACCAGGAGUGCUAUGGGGUCCCUUACAUACCAGAAGGACAAUGGCUUUGUAGGAGGUGCCUCCAAUCACCUUCUAGGGCAGUGGAUUGUGCACUGUGCCCAAAUAAGGGUGGGGCAUUCAAACAGACAGAUGAUGGGCGCUGGGCACACGUAGUUUGUGCCCUUUGGAUUCCCGAGGUUUGUUUUGCAAACACAGUCUUCCUGGAACCCAUAGACAGCAUUGAACAUAUCCCACCUGCGCGUUGGAAACUGACAUGCUAUAUCUGCAAACAGCGAGGCUCUGGAGCUUGCAUCCAGUGCCACAAAGCAAACUGUUAUACAGCCUUCCAUGUGACAUGCGCUCAGCAGGCUGGCCUGUACAUGAAAAUGGAACCUGUGCGAGAGACUGGUGCUAACGGCACUUCUUUUAGUGUCCGCAAGACUGCGUACUGUGAUAUUCACACGCCUCCUGGGUCUGUUUGCAAGCUCCCAGCACUUUCUCAUAGUGAAGGAGAGGAGGAGGAUGAUGAGGAAGAAGAAGAUGGCAAAGGAUGGAGCUCUGAAAAAGUAAAAAAAGCAAAGGCCAAAUCAAGGAUCAAAAUGAAGAAAGCUCGGAAGAUCCUUGCUGAAAAGAGAGCUGCUGCCCCUGUUGUUUCUGUUCCUUGUAUCCCACCACACAGACUCAGUAAGAUCACAAACCGCUUGACCAUCCAGAGGAAGAGUCAGUUUAUGCAAAGGUUACACAGCUACUGGACCUUAAAGAGACAGUCUCGGAAUGGUGUCCCGCUUCUACGUCGCCUGCAGACGCACCUACAGUCUCAAAGGAACUGCGACCAGAAGGCAAGCUCCAGUGAGUCUGAGACGACCUAUUCAGCCUGCCUGUCUGCCUUUGGAACUGUACAGGAGAUGAAGUGGCGGAUACCAAUUUCUGAUGACACGCCAGGUCACCUUGGUACCAUCGCUAUUUCUAACGAGGAGCCCGGAGACCAAGCUAACAAGAAUGACCCUACGGAUAAGAACUGGGUGCUAAAGGAACAAUUAAAGUCAUGGCAGAGACUUCGGCACGACUUGGAGAGAGCUCGCCUUCUGGUAGAAUUAAUACGAAAGCGCGAGAAGCUCAAGAGAGAGACGAUUAAAGUCCAGCAAAUGGCACUGGAAAUGCAGCUGACUCCAUUUCUUAUCCUACUGAGAAAAACCCUGGAGCUGCUGCAGGAGAAAGAUACAAGUAAUAUAUUCACUGAGCCAGUCCCUCUGUCUGAGGUAACAGAAAUCUACGAAGUGCCAGACUACCUAGAACAUGUUAAGAAGCCAAUGGACUUUCAGACCAUGAAGCGUAACUUAGAGGCUUUCCGUUACCAGAAUUUCGACCAGUUUGAGGAAGACUUCAACUUAAUUGUGAACAAUUGCAUAAAGUACAACGCUAAAGACACUAUUUUUUACCGAGCCGCAUCCCGCCUACGAGAACAGGGAGCAGCCCUGCUGCGGCAGGCCCGCAAGCAGGCGGAAAAGAUUGGCAUUGAUUUCGAGACGGGUAUGCAUAUACACCCAGUCAUCACAGGAAAUGAGAUUGGGCGCCAUGGCAGAGAGAAUGACUUUGAGCGUGCUCAUCUGUCUGACAGCCGCAAGCAACUCCCUUUAGAGGAGCAGCUGAAAGUCCAGUUGGCGAGACUGGAUGAGGUGAAUGCAAGUAAGCAAAGCAUAGGACGAGCGCGCCGGGCCAAGAUGAUCCGCAAGGAGAUCACGUCGAUCCGUAGGAAGAUGGUUUACCAACAAGAAUCCAGAAGGGACGGUGGCUCUGAGCGGCACAGCUCAGCCGGGAGAGGAGCCCUGCCUUUGCACGGCCCUUCAGAGAAGGAUGGACAGACGGACAGUGCUGCAGAAGAGAGCAGCAGCCAAGAGACCGGGAAAGGACUUGGCCCAAACACUUCCUCCACCAAUGCUCAUGAAGUUGGUAGAAGGACUUCUGUCCUUUUCUCUAAGAAGAACCCCAAAACUGCAGGACCACCUAAGAGACCAGGAAGGCCACCUAAGAAUAGAGACAAUCAGCUCUCAUCGGGACAGAUCAGCAGCCCCAUUGGUCCCCCACAGCUGUCUGUCACAGGGGGAUCUCAAAGGCGAAAGAGAGUCCGAAGCCCUCGGCCAACUUCAAGCUCUGAUAGCGACAGUGACAGUGAAAAGUCAGCAGAGGAACCCUCUUUAGAUUUGCCUACAAAUGGCUUCAGCAGCAGCACCCAGCAAGUCAAAAAGAGUUUUUUGGUUUACCGGACCGACUGCAAUCUUCCACGAAGCAGCUCAGACUCUGAGUCCAGCACCACCAGCAGCAGCAGUGCUGCUUCCGACAGGACCAGCACAACUCCUUCCAAGCAGGGUCGGGGGAAGCCAUCUUUCUCUAGGGAUAAUUUUGCUGACUACAGCAGUGAGGAUACAUCUGGAACCGAGAAUGAGUCUUACUCCGUUGGUGGGAGAGUCGGGCACGGCUUGGUACGCAAAGGACUGGAAAGCCGAGGGGCAGGGUGGCUGUCUGAAGAUGAAGAUUCCCCUCUAGAAGCUUUAGACUUGGUGUGGGCCAAGUGUCGGGGCUAUCCCUCCUAUCCAGCUCUGAUCAUUGACCCAAAAAUGCCACGAGAAGGAGUGUUUCACCAUGGCGUUCCGAUUCCUGUGCCACCCGUGGAUGUUCUCAAAUUAGGAGAGCAGAUGGCCCAAGAGGCACAAGAGCAUCUCUACCUCGUCCUGUUUUUUGACAACAAGAGAACCUGGCAGUGGCUUCCUCGGACAAAGUUAGUCCCUCUCGGCAUGAACCGGGAAUUGGAUAAGGAGAAGAUGCUGGAAGGAAGAAAAUCAAACAUCCGCAAAUCUGUGCAGAUCGCCUAUGACCGUGCCAUGCAGCACCGUAACAAAGUACAGGGCGAUCCAAGCAGUGAAUCCAGUGAGAGCGACUAGCGUUGCCAUCUCCACAGCAGGAAACGACGGAAGCUUCCUGCACGCCACUGUCAAUCAAGAUAAAAAAAAAAUGAGCACCACGCCCUCUGGAACUGCCCAACAUGGCUUAUAGCUGUAGAUAUUCAUAAGUGAUGGUUAUUUCUGCUUCUAGACCCUAGAAGAGGGGGCAAGAGCAGGGGGAAGAAGUAACGGCAUAUAGGAAAACACUUAGCCUCUGUGACUGCAAAAGGUGAGACGGAGCGAGGAACUGUGCAGAGUGGUUGCUGGCUGACCAUUGAUAGCAGUGAUUUCUACUCUUUGUAACUCCCAUUUCCCCUGCAGGAAGCUGUAGGGACGUUUCACCUGUCAGCUGUGUCUUUAUAGAACUGUGCGGUCCUCCUUGAUCUUCUACGGGACUCUUUUAUACACAAUACUCUCCAUGUUCAUUCUUGCGUGUCUAGUUAUCAUAAAGAAGCAAAAGGAUGAAGGAAGUUCUCACAUUUGGCCUAUUUGUAGGCCCCGCUGUGUAACGUUGACCUUAUUGUAUCACAAAUUGCGAUUCCGAGUUGCCUCUACAGAUUCAGUUCUGUAACAGCGUAAGGGAAAGCUUUGGUGGAACAGAAUGAAGGGAAGAGUAGAAUGGGGAACCUUAUUUAUUAAUCGUAAUAAUUUAAAAUCUUCAUACUCUCCUAUUUUGCUUAAACAGACCCUUUUCUAUGGGUUAAGUUGACCUUUUAUUGUUGCUCUUUUAAAUAUUUUUUACUGUUAUUGUUAAGAGUUCCUCUUCAGACAGACAGGGGUGGUUUUACCUUUAAGGUAACUUAUGGUAUAUUCUAGAAUGUCCUGUUCUCUGCAACAUUUCAAUUGGUCUUCAUUUUUUGUUGAUUAUUUGCCUUCCUUUUCUGCCUCUUUCUAGCUGUCACUGACCCUGGCUGCCAAAAACUAUUUCUCUCUGAGGCUACAAUUUUAUUGUUACUUUGUAUUACUUACCUGUUCUGUUGAGCCCCUCUCCUAUUCAUUAUCUGAACUCCUCUAUCUAGCAACCAGAUUGCUGCUCAAAUUCAAACUACAGAGCUGCUGAACCCAAAGGAAAAUAACACAAAUUCCAUAGAAAAUGGAGACCAAUUGCAAGCUGUCCCAGGAUAUCACUGUCUGCAUCAUGCUAAAAGUCCAUAUUAAAGGUCAAGUACCCCUAGGGAGUUUUGAACUCAGUUGCUGCAGCUGCAUUGCAGAAAUGCUACGGUUAGUGAGCUAACCUUAAGGGUAAUGGGCAGCCUUUUGUUUCUCCAGCAAAGGAAUUGGACAAAACACCACAAAUCUUUACUACCGGUAUCAUUGCAAUGUGGUCUUGCUGCUCUGAACACUGCAUUGUUUUAUUUAACUUAGUUUAGGUGGUGUUUGCCUCUCCUGUACGGUUAUCUGUCAUCAAUGAUGUUUAAAGGUCAACUAAUCCUCCCUUUUUAUUUUCUAUGUGCUGUCUGUCUUUACUGUAUGCACAACUGUUGCCUUUGUUUUCAGUUGUAGGUUAAGUAAGGUCUGACCCAUCCUGAUCCACAAAAAACGGCCUUAUAUGUCUCCGCUUUCUCUGGACCUUUGAAUUGUCACCUAUUGGCCCUGGGCUCAUUUACUAAUGCUGGGCAAAUUUGCACCUGGGCAGUCACCCUUGGCAACCAAUCAGCGAUCCAGCUGCAAAACAAUUAAGGGAAAAUCAGAUUGGCUGCCAUGGGUUAUUGCCCAGGGGAACUGUACAGAUUAAGAUUGAGCCUGACUGUAAUGUAGAGUAUGUAGAUAUAUAUUAGGGCGUCCGGGGGGGGGGGCACAAUGGAACUCUCUAUGGGGUUGUGUUGCCCUUGUCCUACCCUUUAUUGUAGGACCUGAUUUUAUACCAACAUAUUAUAGAAUUUUGCUCUUAGGAUGGCUGCAUUUGGCAGUGGGUACAAUCUAAAAAGGGGGAAUAGCUUGGUCAGAGGUUGGACAGCCCUUAACCAACAAAGUCUUUUAUGCCAUGGGGGCCUCAAUUCUAAAGACACCAUUUUUAAUUGCAGUCACAAAAUUUAGAUAUUUUUUUUUUUUUAAUCAUAAAAAUAGUAGAUAUGAGAAUUCUGCAGUGUAAUAAUUUUAUACAAACUUAGCGCUGAGAUUAAAGAGAAUAUUUUAACUCUAGGCCCUUUUAAAACAAACCUCCACUACAUAUAUAUAACUUGGGUUAUAGAAAGAAAAAAAACAUUUGUACAAAACUGAAUAAAUAAAUUAGCUGCCCUCCCUUUAAAUUGGUUUCUCUGGGUUAGCAAUAAAUUGUUGUUAAAGGGGAUAUAAACCCAAACAUAAACACAAGAUUUGCCUGUUGAAAGAAAUAGAAUGCCAACAUACAUUCAUUUUAAAUAUAUUAGAGGUUUUAAAGUUAUUUGUAAAUGAUUUUGCUGUCUGUCUCUGCCUUUCUGCUCUCCUGGUUGUGAUUCUUGAGCUCUCCCUCAGCCAAGACCGGACUGGACUACAUUUAUAAAUAACUUGAAAGUGAAAGUGUGUGAUGAAUGUAUAUUGGAAAGUUGUUUAUAAUGUCUGUUUUACUUUUGGGGUUGCAUUCCCUUUAUACAGUAGGUGUAGAAUUUGAUUAAAUACACGUGGCACAGCUGGGCAGCAUAAGAGCUAUAACACAUACACAGUUACUAUGUCCCAGGGUAGUGUGCAUUUGGGGCAAGCAGGAUUCUAAAUAUUUUCUUUUUCUUGCCCUUACCAGGUAAACACAAUGCAGACAUUUCCUGCCAAACUACAGCCUUACAUCUAACCCAGAUAUCCCCAUCCUUCCCCUGGGAUUUUGUCCUUUUUUGAGCUCUAGAACCCACUGCAGAAGUGGCCAUUGUUUCCCCAGUUCAGCAGUAAUUGUGAAGAACUUUAAUUCACCCACAUUCAAUCGGCAGACGUCUUUUUAUUUUUGUAACUAAAUGUUAUUUAUUUGUUGUGUCUCAGCAGUCCUUACAUACAUAUAUAUAUAUAUAUUCUCAAGGGGAAGCAGACUUAUAGCCACAAAGCCUUAAUGACCAUGCAGAACAUAUGUACAGUGCAGCUUCAAGACUUUGGGUGAAAUUUAGUUGUUGGUACAAAGUAGCACCUGGUCCUGCACUGUUGCCUUGUGAACAGAAUUGUUAUAUAAAGGGUUAGUUAACCUUUAAUUUAACUAUAAAGUAUGUUACAGAAUACCAUAUUCUUAGCAAUAUUCCCAUUGCUCUUUGUUGUGUAUAGUUUUAUGAGUUACUGGCUUUCCUUUUCCACCUUCCAGCUACAAUUUUAUUGUUAUUGCCACUUUUUAUUCCUUAUUUCUCUUUAGACCCUGUUCCUAGUCAUCUUCCAGUCUCUGUCUCUGACUGCCUAGUCGCUAGGGUAAAUUGAACCCUAGCAAUCAGAUAGCUGCUAAAUAAUAAAAAGUAAGAAGAUAACUGCAAAUUGUCUUAGAAUGUCGCUGCCUGCAUCAUACUAAAGGUAAAAAAAAGUAAACUACUUAUUGAAUGGCGUUCCACCCUAAAUGCCUUUGGAUGGGGAAGACACAAUUUACAGAGUAUGUGAGCAAGUUAUUAAAUGUGCCCUCAGGAAGCAGCCGUGUAGGGUUCCCUCAGUACAACCCCAGGGUGCUAUAUCUUUCUAGCAAGAGCACACUCCCUGUCUGCCUUUCUAAUUCCCCAAGCAAUAUACCCCCUCCUUUCUGCCAAAGGAAUGUAUGGAGUACGGCAGCAAAGAGGGGACAUUCCUAAGUCAUGUUGUCUCCUGUUUCUAACAUGCUCGUGUGUCUCAGCCGUGACUAUAGCUUCUUUCUGUACAUAAUGUACAUGGCAAGAGAAUAGAUAUUAUUCUCAUUUGUAUACACAGUGGGGGGGGGUCCUUAUUUUCCUUUUUUCUUUAUUUCCGGGGAAUGUACGGGAGCUGAAAGCAGAAUAAAGUCAGUACUAAGGUCUAGGUUCAUAACAUCGGUCCUUUAUACAAUAGAUUUAGCAAAGUGGGUCUUUCUACUACAGAACUUAAUAAAUACUUUCAUACGUUGACAUAGAGACGCAAAGCGCUAUUCUGUCCCGUAGGUUUUUUUUUUUUUUCUCUCUCUUUUUAAAUAUUUUGUCAUUUAUUAUUUUUUUUAGCCAUGUUUUUUGAGUUCUAUUGUGUAUUUUCUGUUUUGUAUUUAUUUUGAAAGAAAAAAAAUUAUAUUGUUCUUAAAAAAAAAAAACGUAAUAAAUUGGCUUUUUGAAGUUUGGGAA